AACUAAAUUUUAGUACUGAUGAGGAGCAAGAAAAGCAAUUAAAAGCUAUCAACCAUAUAAAACUGUAGGUUUUCAAUUUCACACAGGGCUGCUACCAUAGUUCAACUAUCAAACCCGCCACUUAGUCACCCAUUUCGACAGCCAGUCAGUCACUCAGUCAACAUUGUAUUAUAACAGAUAUUGCGCUUUGUUCAAAAAUAUUAUAUACAUAUGUGAGUGGCAUGUUUUCAACUCACACACACACACAGCCAACCCAACAACUGCAUUUGCUGCACACCACAUAUUUGUAAGCUGUGUAAUUCAUGGCACACCACAUUCAUACCAUUGCUGUGCCUUAAGAAUGUGUUAAAUUGUGAGGCAGCGAAGACAAGCAAGCCAAGCAGAUACAAGAAAAAUAAUAGAAAAUGAAACUUAAAAGAAUAAUAAUAAAUUACACAAACAAUAAACAAUAAAUAAGCGAGUAAAUGAACGUACAAAGAAGUGCAGCAAAGCAAGUCAACAAAAUAAUUGCAAAACUGGCACGAAAUAAAAGAGAUAUACAUACAUAUAUAUGUACCUGCAUAUGUAUUGCUGUGAAUAUACAUUUAUAUAUGUGUAUUGCCAGCAGUACAUAUGUGCAUUGCAUUUAGUAAAUAGCGCCAAAUACAUACAUGCAAAUGAAAAGUAAAAUUUUCGCAAUUUUUCCUUUCGCAAGCAGAAAACCCCACAAAACACAAGUAACUUGUGCCAUUUCAUGCAGUGCAACAAAUAGCCGCAACAUAUUCGCCAUACAUGUUUAUAAACAAAUGUUGCAAAAGCGAAAAACAAACAGUGAAAUAGUGAAAAUACAGCGAAUUCACGCGCAAACGAAAAUGAAAAUAAAUGUAUUAAAAUACAUACUAAUCAAAUACUGAGCAGAAAAUAAAAAUAAAUAAAUAACCACAACACUAACAACUACAAAAGCGCUUAAUAAAACAUUGCAAAUUUUGUAAGUGAAAAUUAUUUUAAAAUUCUACGACUGCAGCAACAUUAAUCGUCUGUGGAACAAUACUUCAAUGUCACCACAGCAGCCUGCAAGCCAGCAGCAAUAACAAGAAAAAGCAGCACAACAACAACACAUCAGCAGCAACACGCCUUAUUUAUAAUGCUGAACAAAGAAGAUAAAUAAAAAAAAACGAGGACAACUGCGCCUGGAGAAACAUACUAGCAAACAACUAACACUACGUUGAAAUACUAAUAGUAGUUAGCGGUAAAACAAAAGCAAUAACAAUCCAAAUAAACAAAUCAAUAUAUAGACUGCUGCGAUUCCAAAACUUGCCAAUGACAAUACUUUUCACUUAAAUUAAGCGCAAUUAGCGAUAUCAUAAACACACAUGCGCACCGAAAGCCUUACGAGCGGGCGACACAGUUGCGCAUCCGCAUACACCACUGCAACUGCCACAGCCGCAGCUGCAGCCACAGCCACGGCAACAGCAUCCGUUGUGGCGGCCGCCGCGAGCGCCACCAAAAUGGCAAGCAUGCCGGUCGUGUGGUGCACCGAUCCAAAUUCAGUGAAUAAACAACCCACAGCUUUCGCGCUACACGGCAUACAAUUGCAGGGAAACGUGACCGAGAAACAGGUGCUGGCGCUGCGCGAACUGGUGAAUGCCGCCGCCGAGGGUAGACUCAUAUUGCCCGCGGACGGCUCAUUUGUGCUGCUCGACAGUGGCAUUAGCAUCGAAAGUUCGAUUGUAAACAGCAGUGGAGGCAGUGUUGGUGAAGGCGCUGUUGUCGAUACGGAUGGCAAUAAAGAGAACACAGCGCAGAAUGUCGCACCAAAUGUGGUGACGCAUGGCUGUGGCGCCGAGGAGAAACAAGUUAAAAACACAUAUAUACUAAUGCCUGUGACAACAAAUAAGCCGCGCGCAAACGUAGACUUGCCUGCCAAUCUAGAGCAGCGUGAUGUGAUCGAUGAGGAGGAGGAAGACGAGGAGCGUGAAAACGAAUUGGCGGAAGCGGCGCGCGAAGUGCCGUCACAGCAGUUUGAGUACGAUGAGGAGGAGUACGAACCGAAAUACUCCACAUUCACACCGCCCAACUCUACAGCCGACGAUGAAAUUCUCUACGAAUUUCUCUGCUGCGCGAAAUGCAUGAAUGAUGUAUAUGCUUCCCGUUGUCAGGCAAAUGCUGCGGCGCGCAUGCGCAAUAGCAAUUGCCAAUAUGCCACGGCCAUCUACCCGCCCAAAAGCAAUCAAAGCCGACGCGCUUUAGCCGCAGAACGUUUACAGCGCUUGCUCAGGACUUCCGGUCGCGGCAGCGCCUUUGUCGAUUGGAACUGCACAGCAACAGCGGCACGAGCCAAUGAAGCGCUAACGCCGCUAGACGAUCCUGUCUACAGUAUUGCCAAUAAGUACACGCGCCGCUAUCAUCGCAAGCAUUGCCUCAACUUUGCUUCGGCAUUGGCGGCACGUAAUCGGCAAAAUCGUCACAAAUUACCAAUGCAAAGCGUAAAAAUCUUUCAUAAUCGUAACAUUGCAAUCACAAAUGGCGGUGGCGGUAGCUGUGCUGGUAGUGGGAGCAGCAGUAGUGUAAGCAAUAGUCGUAGCAAUAAAAUCGGCUGCAUUCCGCUGCCGACAUUAUCAUUACUGCCCGCGUACGCGUCGGUAAAUAAAAAGCAAAUUGUGAACGACGCGACGACACAGUCGUCAAGUAGUCGUGUAUUGCGAGCGCCCGAUCGCUUUGGAGAAAUGCAAGUCUCGAUGGAGAGUAAUAGCGGUGGUGAGAAAGCACUGCGCAGUGACGUGGAGUCUGAAAAACGCGGAGCGCCGUGUUUGCCAACAACAGAGCGCAUGGCCUGCGCCGAGCCAAACAACUGUGAUACACCAAUGGACGCGACAGUAGCCGCUUCCGAAGUAGUUAAGGACCUAAUUAGUUUCGAUGAUGAUGAUGAUGGCAAUAAUGUUAGCGAUAAAUUGACGGUGAGCCGCAAGGCUGGCGCUAUAGCGCCAAACUUCGCUUGUGAUACGAAAACCUUCGAUUUGUUGUGCGCUCCCAAUCAACCGUUGGCCGUCACAGCGGACGGGCACGAAUACGCUGACAAUAACGUCAGCGCCGGCAAAAACAACUGCAACCUUCCAUUGCCAGCAGAUGCGCUUUGCAUGCAAAUUAGCGAAUCAGUCGAAUUCGGGGCCGCGCAAGCAAUACAAAAUGUCAGCGACGAUAACGUAGUCGCUGCGAACGCUGUUGCAGUUGGCGGCGCGCAACCGUCGAGCAAUAAUUCCAGUCGCAAAACAAGUUUCGAUUCAACCUGCACCAUUAGUUCGAUGGAUUCUGGCUUUAUUGAAAUGCAGAAUAAGUUGGAGAGCUCGUUGCAGAGCGCCGCUGGUGCGCUACUCUAUGCUGCUUCUGCCGCAAACGCUUCAAAUACCCGGCCUACGCUGGCGCAAAUAUUCAACGGUCUGGAAAAUUCCACAGCGCCAAGUAAUGGCAAUGCUGUGCGCGUUGGCUACAAUACGGCGGAACCGUGUGAUGCACCCGAGAAGAUAGCGCGCCUCAACUACAAGGAAUGCUUGACGCAGUCGCGCAAUCGACGCAAGUCCUACGAAGAAUUCAAAGCAAUGUUCGCUGCAGCGGCGCACUUGGAUGGCGCGCAUGGGGCGGUAGCGGAAGCAAGUGCGCGGCGUAAGACGCUACUGUCACGUACUGGCAAUAGUUUGGAAAAGGAAACUCAAUACGCUACGUCAAUGACAAUGCAAACGGCGUUGGCGCAUGCAGCAACAACAACACCAAUGUCCGCGGUUUCUCAGACGACGCCGACUGGGGCGACAAUGUCGAAUGCAUUAGAAUCUAUAUCAGAACAGUCGACGACCACAGGCGAAGAGAGCUACGGUAGCGCGGCUGUUACUGCCCUGCCAAACGCCGCGUCUACAUUUGCCAAUCAUGAAAUCGGUGCUGCGUCCGACCACUUAGACACAUUUUCAGUGCAUAGCGACUCGAAACCGGAUUGUGUAAACAAGUUUGCGGUGCGCACCGCUGAAAUGGAUACUGCUGACGUGUCCGCCUCACUGAAAACACCACCAACCACGGCGGCGACGACGACGACGACUACGCUGGCGGCAACGCCAAUACCACAACGGUCAACCACAGAAAUUUUGCGUAAGAAUUCGGAUUUUCUAUCGCAAAUACUCGAUCAAAAGGUGCUUGCGGCCAAAGAGAAAGAAAAAGCGCACAUACGCCGCAAAUCAUAUGAGGAGUUCAAACGUUUGGUGCGCGAAUGCGAAACCAUGGACGCUUUGGAAAGUGGUGGUGAAGUGGCCGAAGGCGCAACACCAUUUAAACGCCAAAAUUCGCGGCAUCGUAAAAGUUACGCAUCGUUUUUGCUGAUGCGUCGCAACUCACUGAAAGAGCAGCAAAAGGCGGCAGCUGCGGCAGGCUCCAACGCGGCCACACCCGCGGAGAGCGGCGAUGCUGCCACCGCAACUGCAAGUGAGGUACAACCGCCAAGCAACGUCGGUGCCAUUGUACCCUCGGCGGCAACGUCUAUCAGCAAAGGUGUCUGCGGUGGUAAUAAUUAUAAGCGCAACUUCAAAAUCUACGAUAAGCUUGUUUAUGGCACCAUUUAUGACAUCAUACAACGCAAGAAUGACAUUUACAAUCUAACAUACCAUAAGUAUGACAAAUAUAUGACAUAUGGCACCAUUUAUGAGAUUCUGCAUCGCAAAACAUCGCAAGCCUCCUCAACCGCCUCGUCCGUCACCAGUGCGGGCGACUUCUUUCAACGCAAAAGUCUUUCGGCUAUUUUGGAAAAGGAUGUUGCCGCGCGACAUGAGCGCCGCGAUAGCGCAACGAAGACGGAAAAAGACAAAGACAGAGAGGUAAAGGAGAAACACAAGCCAUUAAAGCCAACAAUGAUUUACGAUAUUAUACAAAAGCAACAACAGACGCAGAGCAACGCAUUGCAGGCAACAUGUACGGAUGACCGUAGCGUUAGCGCGUCAAAUUCGGUCACCGCGGCCACAAAUUCCACUUCCUCGUCGGCGCGUUUGGGCAACAAUCGCAAAUAUGGUACGAUUUACGACAUCUUGCAAAUGGAGAAAUCGGAUGCAAGCAGUGCGCCGACGACCACAACCUCAGGCGCGACGCACCCAGAAUCGAAGAAUCGUUUUAUUGUCAGCAAAAUCGAUGAAACCGCUGUCAUGCCGACAACCGCACAGCAGGGCUUGGAAGUACACACACCCAAUGUGGACACGGCAGGUACAGCUGCCGAUAAGCUGCAACAGGGCGACGAUGCCGCCCAUUGUGAUGCGCAGAAGUCUGUCAAAACAACGAAGCCAAACAAAAUGAGAAGACUGUCUAAUAUAUUGUCCUAUAGUAAGCAACAUGCCAAGCCGGAGAAAUCGUCGAGCAGCGAACGUAUCGAUGAGCAGCCCGAACCUGCGGACUGCACCGCCGAAGACGCGUCCAAAUCAAAGCACCAUGCGCAGCACAAGCGCCGUCUUGGCAUGCCGCAACUAUUGCCGCUGGAUAGCGAGGAAUUAUACGCGCGCAUUGUGGCACAAAACCGCGCCAACUCAACGGCCGGCAAGCAGAAAAAUUCGAGUGGUCCUAUUAUGAAAUCAAGCUCGCUGGAUGCCAUCUCCACCACAGCUGCGGCCGCACUGAUUUCUCCACCCGCCACACCUUCGCCACCGUCGCCACGUCGCAAUCUGAAACAACAUAACUGCCUGCAGCGUGCCGGCGCGCAAACGGCCCAAAGAUUGUUGGUGAAAAAACUGUCGUUGGAAAGCUUCGAACCGAGUCGGGUGCGUCAAGAACGCUCACCGCUGCGCCGUUGGUCCAAUCAAAUGCCCAUUAAAUGCAAUUGCAUGCUGAACGGCGAUUCGCGCGAGGGUUCGCCCAUUUCCUUGGCGAGCAGCAAUGAAGACUUGUGCGCUUGCGCCACAGCUGCGGUCAAUGAAACGACAGCGCAGUGGCAACGUCAUAACUUCAGUCGUGAACACCACAAGCACCAAACGCCGCAGCAUACACAUACGUGCCCGAACUUCUUGACAUUCACACUGAACACAAACGUAACAGCGACAACAGAUAAAGAAAACGGCGCUCUCUUGCCAUGGUCGCCGUCUUCGUUGUGUGUCGGCAAUGCCGAUUGUGCGUGCGCCUCGCUGGAGGAUUUCAAAAACUUCCGUCUGAAUGCGUCAGCAAGCGCAACAACAAAUGCCGCUACCAGUGGUCACUUAGUUGCAGCGUCGUCAGCGAAAGGCAGUAGCUCCGCGCUGGCGCUCACCAAGAAAGCCAAGUCGCGUCGCUUGUCGGAGUUUACGCGUGGCGAAUUCUUAAACGAAAAACCUUGGUACUUCCGCAAGAUAAAACGAAUUGAGGCUGAGAAGAAACUAUUACUGCCAGAAAACGAACAUGGAGCAUAUUUGAUACGCGACUCGGAGAGUCGUCACAAUGACUAUUCGCUGUCGGUACGUGAUGGCGACACAGUGAAGCAUUACCGUAUACGACAACUAGAUGAGGGUGGCUUUUUCAUUGCGCGUCGCACAACCUUCAGAACCCUCCAGGAACUUGUUGAGCAUUAUUCCAAGGAUUCCGAUGGUUUGUGUGUCAACCUCUGCAAGCCAUGCGUACAGGCAAACCAAUUUGCGGGUAUUUUCGAGAUUGAGAAACCCGUUACCGAGGGUCUAUCGCAUCGAACACGCGAUCAAUGGGAAAUAGACAGAACUUCGCUUAAAUUCGUACGCAAAUUGGGCUCCGGCCAGUUCGGCGAGGUAUGGGAAGGCUUGUGGAACAAUACCACACCGGUGGCGAUUAAAACGCUGAAAUCAGGCACAAUGGAUCCAAAAGACUUUUUGGCCGAAGCUCAAAUAAUGAAGAAGCUGCGUCACACAAAACUCAUACAGCUCUAUGCUGUUUGCACCGUGGAGGAGCCAAUUUACAUCAUCACCGAGUUGAUGAAGCACGGCUCACUGUUAGAGUACCUGCAAGUACUUGCAGGCAAGGGACGCAGUCUAAAGAUGGCGAUACUCAUUGAUAUGGCAGCGCAAAUUGCCGCCGGCAUGGCUUAUUUGGAGCAACAGAAUUACAUUCACAGAGACUUGGCAGCGCGUAAUGUGCUGGUGGGCGACAAUAAUGUUGUCAAGAUUGCCGAUUUCGGUUUGGCGAGACUUAUCAAAGAGGAUGAGUACGAGGCACGCGUCGGUGCACGCUUCCCCAUUAAGUGGACAGCACCCGAGGCGGCCAACUACAGCAAAUUCUCCAUUAAGUCUGAUGUAUGGAGUUUCGGCAUUUUGCUCACCGAGUUAGUGACAUACGGACGCAUACCAUACCCUGGUAUGACCAAUGCCGAAGUGUUAACGCAAGUCGAACACGGUUACCGUAUGCCGUCGCCGCCGAACUGUGAGCCACGUCUAUACGAAAUUAUGCUCGAGUGCUGGCACAAAGACCCGAUGCGGCGACCGACCUUCGAGACACUGCAAUGGAAAUUGGAAGACUUCUACACAUCCGAUCAGAGUGAUUAUAAGGAGGCGCAGGCCUACUGAUAAAUGCUUUACACUUCCAGCAGCACGUCUCACAUUAGCGAUAAUAUAAAGAAACCACAUAUACAACAUAGCAAUUGCCAACGCCACAGGAACAACAACAUCCACAAUAAUAUACACAACAAUUUGAGUAAGAUGAGUCGCAGCAGUAGUAGUAUGUUGCCGAUUGGUGCAACAGCUGCAGCAACAACAACAACAGCAGCAGCAGUCGCACUAAAUGAAACUGCCAAAAUGACAACAAAAACAACAACAACGUCGAUAGUGAAUAGAACUGAGGCCGAUGGUGCUAAGUCGUUGCAAAUGCCAACAGCAGCAGCAGCAACAACAACAACACCAAAAACAAUCAAGCCAAUACCAAAGUUGCGCCACAUGACGAGCAAGAACAACACACAUCGGCAUGGUAGCAAAACAAAGCAAAGCAAUUCAAAGCAUCUUCCCAAAUCGGACAAUUAAGACUAAUAACUGUUUUUUUUUUCUCACACAUACACACACAAGACAUUCAUUUACUAAUAAUGAUUAGUUGAAAAACAAAAUGAAACGGCUUAAUUAAAGAAAAAAUUAAACUUACAAUUUAAAUUAAUGCAAGCAAAAGGGUGAGGUGAGUCUCGUGAAAAUUAUGUUUGUGAAAAUGAAAUUUGCAUGAUUUUGAAAAUUGCGCGAGAAUUUUCGAAAGCACAUUGCAUACGCGGUAGUAAUGUAAUGUAGUCUAAACUAGUUUUUAUAUAAAUGUAUUUAGCCAAAAUUUUAUGUUUUUUUGAUUUUUUCGUAUCACCUUAUUAAAAUUUGUCACGUUUUCUUUAUUAAAUUUAAAAAGAUAUUUUUUUACAAAAGCCACAAAUAAUAAUGAAAAUAAUGAAUGUAUUAUUAUUUAUAAACUAUACAUACAUACGCCUAUAUAUAUAUAUUAUAUACAUAUAUUUAAAAGGGACUUAUUAUAUAAAUUUGUAGGCAAAAGUAAAACGCAAAUAAACGUACAUACACAUCAUAACGACAUAGACAUUGUAACAAGUCCAAGUUAUUUUUUUUUUUGUUUUUGUAUAGAGAAAACAAGCAUAAAUCAUCAUACAAACAUACAAAACGCAUAUGCAAGUAAACACAAUAAUAUAUUUAAAUUUAAGUAAAAUUAAUUAAUUUGUUUUACAAUGACGUUUUGUAUUGCUUAUCAUCACUACUUUAAUAUAUACUUACAUACAUAUAUAUGUUACGCAAUUAAUUAUACUUAUGCACACACGCAUGCGUACGUAAAGGUAUUAGCAAGCGGCAGAAGUAAAAAGACGAAAGUGAAAGAAAAGAAAAAUCAAAAUGAAUGCAUGAGCUUAGCGCAUACUCGUGCCUUCUUUGCGCAUUUCAAUAUGUUAUUUUUUUUUCAAUUUUUGAUUUUUGUAAAAACUGCAAAUCUCCAAACAGCAAUUUAAUUGUCUUUGUUUCAAUAAGCAUAUGUUUGUUAUUGUCUUCAAUAUGCCAGGUAAACAACAAUUAUUCUACGAAAUUAUUAUUUUUUAGCAAGUGUUUACGAAAGCUAAAAGAAUCAACCAGCAAUAGCUGUAAUCUAUAAUCAAAAGCAGUUAGCAGUUAGCAUAAUACCACAUACUUACAAAUAUGUUUAUUUUGUCAAAAGCAAAUGUUCUAUUUUUCACGCGAAUGUUUUGUAAUUCUAAUUUUAGUAAAGGUAAUAUUUACAUACAUUACAUAUAUGUAUAUGAAUAAAUUUAUAUUUAUAUAUACACACACAUAUAUAUAAAUACAUAUUACCAUUUAAGUAAUGUUAGGUUAUAAUUAUUAUUAUUACUUUUAUUAUGAAAGUGAACGAUUAAAAUAAAUCUAUACAAAUUUAUAUUACAACAAAAAAACAUACGUCCGUUUAUAUGAAUUGAAUGUGUAUUGGAUUGAAUUCAAUUGUGUUGUUGUGGUUGUACUAUACACCCCCCUCCGUAUAAAAUGUUGGCAUUUAGUAUUAGUAUAUUGUGGAUUGGCAAAAAGAUAAACAAAAAUCAGCUGUGGGCCAGCUGGCGGCGCGGCUGGCCGGCAGCAAGUGAGACAUAUGUGUUGUUGCGAAGUGCAAGUUUAACUCUUGAUUAAAGUAAAAAUAUGAAUAUGUAGUGAAAAACGCGUUGGAAAAAAUUGAAUUUAAUUAUGUGUAAUGAUUGAAUUGAUGAAGCAUGAUUUAUGCAAAUACUUAUAUAUUAAUGAAUUAAUAAUUGCAUGCGAAAUACUUAUAAAUAUGUACGAUGUAGUUCGGUUGAGCUAUUUUGCAUUUAGCUGGAAGGCAGUAUAAACGAUAUGUAAAUAUUAAGAAAAAUUGCACUUGAUUGAUUUUCGGUUUUAGUGAGAUCUUUCUCUUUUUGCUUUCAAUGAAACGUUUUUCUUUUUUAAGAUUUAUUGCUUAAAUUCGUUUUAAUUUUGUUGUCUUUAGUUUGCAUAAACUGUAGUACUUUCCAAUUUAGUUACGUUAAGAGAAGCAAGGGAAUUUCGCUAUGCGUUUACAUAGCACCAAAUUCGUGGUAAAUUCCAAUACUGCAACUUUUAGCAUGCAAUGACGGCCUAAAAAUGCUUUAAACUACGUUAAACUGCAAAGUAAAAGCUAAGCGACUUUUUGCAAAGGUAAAUUAGCAAGUUUCAUUAUAAACUCCAACACUUCCCACAAUAAACGGGUCUACGUAACCGGAGCUGACCUCGAUUUCUAAUAAUAAUAGCUGUCAACUUAGCAGUUUUUCCCAAAAAUUAGCUGGCGAAUGCUUUGUGUUACUACACCACUAAAGCUUAGUAAUAGCAUGGUCGAAGCUGACAUGAUAAACUAAAAUCCGUCCCCACGUCGUAAUCGGAACGGACCCAGAUUUUCAAAUGACCGUAGACUGUCAUCUAUUUUGAAAACUGUGACAAAAACUUGACAAGUAUUUUCGAACACCGGAGUCUUCUUUCCUAUGGCUUUGUAAAGGACUACAAUAACAGUCCACGUGCAUUCUCUCUAGAUCAGACAUCUAACCUAACCUAGCCAUAACGUAAACCAAAACUACUUAUCAAGUGUUUCUAUAAUUGUUGAGGCUAUCUUAACAAGAAUAGCAUAGCAAAAAAUUUAGCAAUACCAACUGUGCUUCGAAUUUGUGAUUUAAGGAAUUAUUGUAAACUAAAGGCCCCCUAAAAACAUGUGCAAAAAGCUCUAUGUUGUUCUUGUUAUUGAAGCUUUAACCACGUAUUGCCGAAACCAUUUUAGCGAGUAGUCAAAAAAUGUGUUAUUGUUGUAAUGAGUACCUAAUCCCCGUUAGAAUGGUAAGGGUUGAUAAGUUGUCAUCGGCGUCAUCCAAAUAAUGUGUCGCUCUUACCGGUUUUAUUGCAGGAGAGAAUGAAUAAGAAUCGCAUAAGCCUUAGUUUUUUUUACAGCCUGCUGAGUUAGACCACGUUUUGAAAGAAAUUACGAUUUAUCGGCGUCAAAAUCAGUAAAAAAAAAAACUAAAAGCAAUAAUCAUACAAUACGGGACAAGUAAAUUAAUCACUUUGAAGACUUUUCCUACCUAGGCAGCACAAUUCGAUCCUUCCGAACCCUAAGCGGAUUAUUUAAACCCAACGUUGUCUCUUUACUAUAAUAUUUUACGGAUUUGAAACCUGACUUUUAACCAACCACCUUACUGGCAAUAUCCGAAGAUAACUACGGUGUAUACUCAAGAUGUGGUGAUCUAACGUCAGCAGUAAUGGAGACCUAUGUACAAGUACAUGAAAAAUUAAAUUUGGAAACACGUCGCCAACUAAAUUGCGAAAAUAGAGAUGUAUAUGACACACACACUGUGAUGCCACCGAAGAGGCGAAAACCUUUGGAUUGAAGCCAACAAGGAAGUCGUAAGGGACCUAAAGACCAGGUGUAGAAGAUCCUUACAAAAAGAAAUGCUUAAAUGUCGAAGUCGUGGAACGAAGUGAAGAUUCUAAAAAAAAUAACAACCGACGAAAAUAUUUUCUUGAGAUUCUAUGCUUCAGUGGGAGAUGCGGGAAAUGCUGAUAAUGACAAAUAUGUUUUAUAUGUCAAAAAAAAAAAGAGAUCAAUGUGAUCCACAAAGAUUUCCGGUUGAAGUCUCGACUGAGCCGAAAUAUUAAGUUUUUGAUUCGUUUAAAUGGCAGAGAAAACUGAAAAGCACUCAGCCAAAUUGAAACUCAAAUGUGAUUUCCUCGUAAAUGGGUGGCGGAAUAUCUACUCUCUUCUUCUUAUUCGGUUAUGUGGAUUUUCGUUAAUAUUUAAGUUCCCAAAAAUUAAGUUUCCUUAUAAAAAAAUAUUUUUUCCUCAAAAUAUGAUUUCAAUAUAUAUUUUAAAGGCAACAUUUUUCCUUAUGAAAUUUGAUUUUGUGCAAUUAUUGUUUAUAAAAGGGAUUUUAUUUCCCAUGUGGACUGCUUUGUGAAGUUUUGGUUUGAAAAAUUUGAUAUUUUUUGUGCGUUGAUUAAAAAUUCUAUAAGUUCAUUAUAAAAGCGAAGUCUCCUCAUUAAGAAAAUUGUAUAUGCAAGCAACGAAUUUUUUCUUGUUUCUCAUCACACGAAUACACACAUAAAUAUAAUACUCAUUCACACUCACAAUUAUGCAUGCAAACAGUUAUUUGUGUAAGUAAAUAGUUAUAUUAUAUAUGUAUAAACAAAAGUAAAUUAAAUAUAUUAUGCAAUUCUGGGAAGCUUACUAGUAAUCUUUUCUUACAAUACUUUUUUUUAUAUAUAAGUAUAUAGUAUAUAUAACUAUUUAUAUUUAAUGAACUUAUUGUUAUUGAGUAUUUAUUUAGCUGAUAAGGCAAGUUAAUUGGAGGUAGAAAUAAACAAAAUGGUAGCACUCUCAAAGUCAUGUUGGCUACAAAACUUCUAAGUUGCCGUUCUAUGUAUUAAAUUAUUACUACUACUCUUUGAGAAUGGGAACUGGAACUACAUAU